UUACACAGCUGCCGGGCGGGAUUUCCGCAAUCGCUAAUAACAUGGCGAAGUCUUACGAUUACUUGUUCAAAUUACUGUUAAUCGGCGAUUCUGGCGUCGGAAAGACUUGUGUGUUGUUCAGAUUUUCAGAAGAUGCGUUUAACUCAACGUUUAUCUCGACAAUAGGUAUUGAUUUCAAAAUUAGAACAAUAGAACUAGACGGGAAGAAGAUCAAGCUACAGAUAUGGGACACAGCUGGCCAGGAGCGGUUUCGAACAAUCACAACGGCAUAUUACAGAGGAGCCAUGGGCAUCAUGUUAGUCUUCGACAUCACCAACGAGAAGUCAUUUGAAAACAUCAAGAACUGGAUAAGAAAUAUAGAGGAGCAUGCCUCUGCAGAUGUGGAGAAGAUGGUGCUGGGCAACAAGUGUGACGUCAAUGACAAGCGACAGGUGUCCAAAGACAGAGGGGAGAAGUUAGCGUUGGAGUACGGUAUUAAGUUUAUGGAGACCAGUGCAAAGGCCAACAUCAACGUGGAGAAUGCAUUUAUGACCCUUGCCAGAGACAUCAAGGCGAAAAUGGACAAGAAACUGGAGGGCAACAGUCCUCAGGGCAGCAGUCAGGGGGUGAAGAUCACAGAGCAGCCCAAGAAGAGCAGUUUCUUCCGCUGCACCCUCCUGUGAGGACCACGGCCUUAUCAUUGUCCACAGC